ACUACUCCCCGCCCUGCAUAGGAGUUGUAUGAAAAAUAAACAAUUUUGUAGUUAGCAAUUUUGGGUUCAUGGUAUAUUUUUUAUUUAUGCCAUAAUGAAUUUGUAUUAUUCUUUUUUAAUAAUAUUAAUAUGUUUCUUUAUGGAAACCUGUGGUUCUCGUGUAUUGGAAUUAAGUGACAAAUUCUCUGAAAUAAGAAGGGAAGGGGGAUAUUGGUUGGUUAAAUUUUAUGCACCCUGGUGCGGUCAUUGCAAGAGACUUGAACCCAUAUGGGCCCACGUGGCCCAAGCCUUGUACAAAACGAAUGUCAGAGUAGGAAGAGUGGACUGCACUCGUUUUCCUUCAGUCGCAUCGGAAUUUGAUGUCUCGGGUUAUCCCACAAUAAAAUUCAUAAAACCGGAUGCCGACUACCUCUUUCAUGGCGAUCGCACUAAGGACGACAUAGUAAACUUCGCAAUUAGGAUGGCCGGGCCGGCUGUACAAGAAGUUACCCGUUCCGAAAGUUUAACAAACAUUAAAAAUAUGAAUCAGCUGUUCUUCAUGUACGUGGGCAGCCAGGAAGGUCCGCUGUGGGAGAUUUUUUAUGACGCCGCCUUAAAGCUGCAACCUCACGGAUUUUUUUACUCCGCAACAGAGGAGAUCGCUAAACAACACGUAGACGUCGACGAAUUGCCCGCUGUGUUCGUUUACAAAGAAAGCUUACAUUAUUUUUAUUCAGUGGAUUCGGGAAGCAGCGAAGAGAAAGCGGAACAUUUAAAUUCGUCGCUGUAUAAGUGGAUCAACGAAGAGCGCUUCGAGACGUUCCCGAAAAUUACUCGGGGAAAUAUAAACGAAAUUCUACAAACUAACAAGUACAUCGUCCUCGUCGUUGUCGAGGAAAACAAGUUGCAACAAAUCCCGACCGAAAUGCUGGAGUUCCGAGACAUGGUGGAGUCUUUGUUAAGAAAGAAAAGGGAUAAAUACCACAAGCACUUCCAGUUCGGGUGGAUCGGAAGUCCGGAACUGGCGAAUAGCAUCGCCAUGCAAGUCUUACCUCUGCCUUACUUGAUAGUUUUGAAUUCCACCACCUACCACCAUCACGUACCCGAGGACGACCCUACCGAGAUGACGGUUGAUGCCAUCGACGUAUUCCUUGAACGGAUACAUAACCAGACCAUACCGGCUUAUGGAGGAAACGGCAUAGCUGUCCGCCUUUACAGAACGUACUUUGAAGCGAGUACCGCCUUAGCCGACAUGUGGCGAGGGAAUCCCGUGCUGACCACCGUGUUGUUUGGAUUGCCGUUAAGUUUCCUGUCGUUUAUUUUGUAUUCGAUCUGUUGCGCUGAUAUUUUAGAUGCCGAUGAGGAGGAAGAAGAUCUGCACGAGAAAAAAGAAUAAAUCAAAGACGACCCCCUUAUUUUAUACAAGCAGGUAAAUAAUUUAUUAAAACGCAUUUAUUGUACAUACUACGUAAGUUUUAAAAUUAGUAUCAUCGCAUACUUUGUAUUUAUGAAUUAUUGUUGUAAAUAAACGUUACCUUAAGA